AGGUUACGAAAGCGUUAAGAUUUUAUAUUAAACUUUCACAACUUACACGUUAACAUGAGAAGAUCUUCUUAAUUCCUAAAUUCUCUGCUAAUUAUCUCUUCCCCUUCUUAAUCUAUUUUUGUUCUACCAAUCAACUACCCACUCACGCAAAGCUUUCAACCAUGAGACUCAAAGAUAUACGUCUCAAGUUUCAGGUACUGUUGAGGUUGAGGAGUUUUCUUAAAAGGGAUGAUGAUGAUUAUGAUGAUGAUGUUAAGAAGAAACCAUCAUGGAUGAUGCCAAUCUCACAUGGACAUCAUAUUGUGGAUGGUCGAUCAUGGAGAGGAGAAGAUAGUGAAUUAGAGCAGACAGACAGUGUUGUUGUACAAAGAGAAGAAAUGGGAAAUCUUGAGUUGUGGUUUUAUGGUAUAUCUGAUGCUACAAUUGGUGAUGGUAUUAGUAGUUACAUGCAGUCAAAUCUUUUUGGCAAAAAGUUCAAAGAGUCUCUGGUGAGAAGAAAAGGCAAAGAAACAAUGAAGAAGGCUUACCUCAAUGCAAUAGAGAAGAUUGAUAGUGAUAAUCUGGAGAAGAUAGAAAAUUUUGGUUCGGUAUCUGCAUUGGUUAUCAAUGGGGAAAAGCUUGUGAUGGCUCAGAUGGGUAGUUAUAAAGCUAUUGUGUGCAGAGAUGGUAUGGCUCAUCAGUUGCGGCCAACACACCAGCAUAGAGGAGGAAAAAGGCAUUGGCCUCGCCGAUUAAUUUCAGGGGCGAUGCAUAUUCCGAAAGUACAUAUACAAGCACGCCAUUCAGGGACUGAACCAAGCAGAAAGCAAAUGAACAGUUCAGAACUGAUUGUUGUUACUGACAGAAUAGAUUCAGAAACUGAAUUUAUCAUCUUAGCAAGUACUGGUAUUUCUGAGGUUAUGAGGAAUCAAGAGGCAGUGGAUCUUAUCAGGCACAUAGAUGAUCCUCAAGAAGCUGCUGAAUGUUUAACAAGGGAAGCUUUAACUAGAAUGAGCAGGAGCAGCAUUUCUUGCUUAGUUAUUCGUUUUGAUUAAUACUUUUCAUGCCAUUCGAAAUCAACAAUCUAUCUUAGAAGUAUAAUUGACAGUAAGCGGUUAAUUAGACUGCGAACUGUGUGGCAGGUGCUGUAAAAUUAAAUUUGACAGUAAAGUCUAACUUGCAAAAAAGAGCUUCAACACUU